AUGGUUUGCCUGCAAAAAAAAGCAACGGUCAAUCCUAAUACGGAAGACUUGUCAGAAAUUGUUGUUUUGGAUGAAGAAGUUCCUGGUAGUAGCGCGUGGGUUAGUGAACCUCCUGUUCCUCAGCAUGAAAGCGAAUAUUCACCAAAGAGCAGCAAGCAGCCAAACAGUGCAAGGAAGCCCAAAAAGCAAACAAGUAGAGAAUUGGUCAUAAAAGAGCUGGAAACACAACAAGAACUAUGCACAAUCAAAAUGAAAAAAAAACUAAAUGAAAUGGAAAGACAUAAUUUAGAACUGGAAAAGUUGAAAAUGCCACGCCCGCGAAGAAAUGAUAUUGAUCGUCGGUCGCGUAGAACGCGAAAUAGAUCAAAUGAAAGGCAAAAUCAAUCACAAGAAGAGCGAGAAAUUCAAAACCAAAAUCAAAGGGAACGUAUGGCCAGAUCACGUUCAGGCCAUUCACCUGAAGAACGUAUACAACGGGCUGCACAUGUAGCCUUGCGUGGUGCCAAAGAGGAUAUCGGGGAAAUAACCGGUCGACCAUGGCAGUGCCUCAUACCAUGGAUAUUGAUGACUACACUUUUAGCUUCUCCUUGCAUUAGUCGGAAGUAUGCCUUGUUCAGCUCGAUAUUGAGUGAAGCUGAAAAAGAUGCAUAUUUGAAACAGCUACAAGGCGAGGACGAUGACAAUAGUUCGGAUCCUUCGCACAGUGAAGACGACGAGUGGUUUCCAAGCGGCAAUAGAACGCAUAAUUCUCGUGAUACUGAAGCGUCAGAUAAUAAAGAAUUUGAAAACGAAGAAAGUGCAAAUGGCGACGAGGAACAAAAGCAAGAAGAAGAAGAAGACAAUGACGAUGACGCCGAAAGAGAAGGUGACGCGGAGGAGGGGAGCGAAGAUGAGGCAGCCGCACCCACACUAGAGCACAACGUGUCUCUUCGUUAUGCAGCAGAUAAGGACUCUCUCUCUGGUCAGUCGGCUACCAAGGCGACCUCUGGUGAGGUAAUCAAGGCGGCCUCUGGAGAAGUUUCCUCUGGUAAGGCCGCCAAGGUGACCCCUGGCAAUGACGCCCCGGUGACCACUGCGAAGGUCACCAAGAAGAAAAAUAAGAAGUCGUCCGGUGCCCUGCUAAAAGCGCGAUACCUAACGGCGAAAUUCAUUCUAGCAAAGAGUGCCAAGAAUGAACAAGCCGGUAAAGCGCACGAGGCCGCGAUCAGUGAGUACGAGGUCGCGACCGCAGCAAAACUUAACCAGCCGCAACCACAACCACAACAACAGCCUAAAUCGGCACGGAGCUCGGCUAAACGUAACCGCCAACAGGAUGUGAGCGGACGCGAGGCAAAAAAGAGCAAAUACUCCUCAGCCCAGGGGGCUGAGCGUGCUUCAACUAGUGUGGCAGCCGCGGCCGCGAGGGCGGCCUACAGUGAGGUGGCCAGGGAUCAUCUCCAAGUUGCCCUCGGGGACGCAAAAAACAAUAGUGGUGUUUUAGGCGGUGUUGCCCCUUUGGGAUGCUAUUGA